CCCCGCCCCACCCCGCUCCUUCCGGGCGCCGCCCCGCCCCUUCCCGGCGUGCCCCGCGGCGCCCCAGCAUGGCGGCCCGGGUGCUGCUGCGGGCGGUGCGGGCGGCGCUGCCCGGCCCGGCCCGCGGUUACGCCAAGAAGCCGGCCGUGAAGUCCAAGGGCAAGAACGCGCCGAAGGAGGGGCUGAAGGGGCCGGAGGUGUGUACGGACCCCGCCAUGCUCACCGCCUACGCCAUGGGGGUCAAUUACUUCAAGGACGGCCCGGAGGUGGCCCUGAAGCCUGACUCCGAGUACCCCGACUGGCUCUUUAAGAUCCACCUCGGGCCCCCCAAGAAGCUAGAGGAGCUGGACCCCAACUCGAUCGAGUAUUGGAGGCGCCUGCGGAAGUACAACACGUGGCACCGCAACAGGCUGAAGAAGGGCAAGAAGCUGUAGGUGCCCUGAGUGCCAACGCGGGUGGGGCUGGAACCAGGUCCCGCUUUCGGUCUCUUCUUCUUGCUAUAAACUAGUAAUAAAUCUCUGGUGAGGCUGA